AGGACUCUAAUAAUUUGACCUUCAGCCAGCGGGCUUAUUUUCUGUUCCCCCAGUUUUGAUUUUCGGUACUAUAAUUUAUGGACGAACCAAUGAAAUUAGUAUAGCAUGUCUUGGACUUGGGCGAAAACUUUAUACAACCUUAUAAUUGAAUAACAUUUUGAAAUUAUAGCUGAUGUCAGUUCUUGAUGAAAAUGUGCAAUUUUAUUCAUAACCUUGAAUUAUAGUUAUAGUUCUUCAUAUUCUAGUUUCUCAUAAUAAUAUGUAACCCUCUUUUGACCCUUAUAAGUAUGCUUAUUUUCUCAGGAUCGCUAACGUCUCUAAAAGGUCGUCCAUAAAUUACAGUCCUACUCUCAGUGUGACAAAGAAUAGAGAAUCUCCACAAUUUUAUCACGGUAGGCGUCAAAGGCGACUUUUGGCGCGCUCCCACUACUUGGUUUGCUUGGGUCUUUAGCCAACGAACUGACAUUGUUUAGUUAUGAAAUGAUUCGUGAUUAAAAGACACUACAGUUCUUAUUGAUAGACAGUUUCUUAGUGAACAGCGAACGUACGUAUGCAUUACCGGGGUUUUCGUCAUGAACUAAAGUUAUCUGGAAUCAACUUUUUUGCGCCGAAACUUGUUUGGUUCAUCCAGAUACUUUAUAUUUGGCUUAUAAUGUAUUGGCUUUUCAUGAUUUGAUACUUUAGCACCACACGAUAAUUUGAUAGGUUGUGCAUUUACGUUCAUUCGAUGUCUUUGUAGCGAUAAUAAUGACUUCCCUGGCUUUUUAAAGCCGGUUUUCGUUGGUUCUAUUUUUACAUUCUUGUUUGAGUUUUGGAAACUUCGAAUAUAAACUCGUCAGAGAUGUUGGAAAUUCCAGUAACCAACUCUUUGGAAACGCCUUAAAAUAUUAAGGUCUUUAGUGAUACAUUGGCUAGCUGCUCGCCUGCAACACUUGUCGAUAUCACACAUAUUCGGAACUCAAAAUUACGAUAUCGAUGCAACCUCAACAUUCAACCUCUUAGCCUCAGCAGCAUCGUAGUGUAUAUUUGUUUUCAGGUCAUGGAUUAGUUGCGAGUCUUGCUGUUCGAGAUCAUAAUAAUAAUCCAUUAACGAUAAACUGGUGUUCGUUGUGCAUUACUGAAAUCUUGAUAUGAUUAUUUUAAUCUAUCAACUAUUGGUCUAUUCAUUCAUCUAAAUCACCUUGAAGCUCAAACUCGCUUGGAUUGCCAUUUAUUUCUUAAAAAUCCUUUACAUUACCUAUGGACACGAAUGUAGACUCAAUAAAUUUAUUAAUUCAUGGACAUAGAGUGAAAGUAAUAGAUCUAAAAUCACACCUUACGGUACAUCUUAUUUCACAGACUUCCGUCCAGACUGUCCCCCGCUUUUUUGUUUUUGGCCACUUUUAAGUUUUAUUAUGCCUGUGGAAUGUCUUAUUUUGAUGCAAGUGUUUGGGUAUAAUUUUAGUGAUGCUAUACAAGUAGUCAGAACUUUAGUGUACACUUUGAUGAAAUAAUUCAGUAAGCUCUUCGCCUUUGGUUUAGCCUGAAUAAAAGUAUAUACUUCAUGUUUUUCCAGUUAAUUUACGUUUAUUUUGGAAUUGUAGCUGUUAGUAUGCACCUUCAUGUUUUCAAACACCAAACGAUAGUUCAAAUUCUCUUGCUUUUCAGAUAUCGUAUCACUAUGUCAUUCUUAGCAACUGGAUCGCUCAUAGUUUUCGGACUGUUUUUUAUAUUUAAAGGCUUGCGCAGGCACUUUCGUUUCGAAAUCGAUAAAAGCUCAGGACACUAUGGGGGCGAGCUGGUUGCAGAUGUCCUAAAGGCGCAUAAUGUACCAUUUAUUUUUACGCUUACUGGAGGCCACAUAUCACCUAUAUUGGUUGCUUCAGAAAAAGAAAAUAUACGUGUGAUAGAUGUAAGAAAUGAAGCUUCUGCUGUCUUUGCUGCCGACGCUGUUUCAAGACUUUCUGGUUCCGUUGGUGUGGCUGUUGUUACAGCAGGUCCUGGUCUUACUAAUACAGUGACAGCAGUAAAGAAUGCUCAGAUGGCUGAAUCUCCUGUAGUCCUUCUAGCUGGAGCUGCUUCUGGACUUUUACGUGGUCGUGGAUCACUUCAAGAUAUCGACCAGCUUGCUGUGUUCCGCCCAAUUUGUAAAUGGUGCAGACGUAUAGAUUACGUCAGAGAGAUUAUCCCUGUUCUUUGUGAAGCAUUUUAUAUUGCACAAUCGGAUACUCCUGGACCAGUUUUAGUUGAGUUUCCGAUCGAUCUGUUAUAUCCAUACAAAUUGGUUGAACAGCAUACUAAAUUGUCUGACAAAACAAAUUCUUUAAGGCAGAAAAUUGUAAAUUGGUAUCUACGUUUCUAUCUUUUCAAUUUAUUCGCCAAUGGUUUCUCAUCGAAAUCACAUCCAUCCAAAACGAACGGUUCAGAUGGAAUUGUUGUCAAAUCACCGAAAAUUCCACUUCCAUCUACAAGACAAGUGAAAAAAUUAGCUCAGUUGAUAAAACUUUCUGAAAAGCCAAUCUUACUUAUCAGUAGUCAAGCUGUUUUACCUCCGAUUUUAGCUGAAGACACAGCCGUUCACGUUCAAACCUUGGGGAUACCUACUUACAUGUCAGGUAUGGCUCGUGGUCUUCUUGGCCGAGAUCACCAACUUGGAUUUCGUCAUGCCCGUCGUACUGCACUUCGUGAAGCCGAUCUAAUUAUUCUCGCAGGUGCCAUUUGUGAUUUUCGUUUAGAUUAUGGUCGUGUGUUAAAUCGAAAAGCGAAAAUUGUUGUAAUUAAUCGAAAUAAGAAGAACUUAUAUCUUAAUGCUGACUAUUUUUGGAGACCAUAUCUAGCAAUUCAAGCUGAUGUUGGAACAACCCUAAGAGAUUUAUCACUUGAACUAAAAAAUUCUACUAAUGAACUCAAUUGUUCCACUGAAUGGUUAAAUACUUUAAAAUCACGUGAAAUAAAACAGGAUGAAGAGAUUAAACUAAGCUGUCAAGUAGAAGGUAUUGGGCAUAACAAUCCACUUUCCGUUCUUUGGAAGUUGGAACAUUAUGGUCUACCAAAUGAUUCUUCCGAAGAUAGUAUUAUUAUUGCUGAUGGUGGAGAUUUUGUAGCAUCAGCAGCAUAUAUUGUACGUCCAAGACAACCGUUAUCUUGGUUAGAUCCAGGACCAUUUGGAACGUUAGGCGUUGGUGGAGGAUUUGCAUUAGGUGCUAAACUAUGCCGCCCAAAUGCUACUGUCUGGGUUAUUUAUGGUGAUGGUUCAGCGGGAUAUAGUUUAGUUGAAUGGGAUUCUUUAGCACGUCAUCAUGCUCCUGCAAUUGCUGUGAUUGGUAAUGACGCUUGUUGGUCACAGAUUGCACGUGACCAAGUUACGUUUUUCCGAUCCAAAGUUGGAUGCCAGUUAAACUACACACCAUAUGAAGUAGUUGGAUCAGCUUACUGUAGAAGUGUUGCUCCUGUAUCAGAUAAUUUAAUAACUAACAAUAGCAAUCCGGUUAAUGGUUUUUUAGUUGACAAACCUCAGUUGGAACAAAUAGUUCAUAUAUUUGAUGAGGUUAAACGACUUUCAAAUAAAGGGAUACCAUCUGUUGUAAAUUGUCUUAUCUCUGCAAGUAGCUUUCGAGAGGGCAGUUUGUCUGUUUAACACACUGUACCUAGUAUUUGUUUUUUUGUAUAUGAGUUUCACGUUCAUUUUCAACCAUGUAAAUUUCGCCUUACCAUUAUAUCUAUUUACUAAUAAAUAUUUGUUAAUAAACAUAUAUCUUCACU